UAGAGAUUAAAUGAUUCCCCUUGCAUCUGUAGGUGUUUCGAAGAGGAAAACUCUCUUUUUCUCGCAUGCCUGCAGAGUGGGGUUUUAGAGUGUAGAACCCUAUUGGGGUUUACAAUAGUUUUCACUUUCGGUUUUCACUUAUCUUUUUAGGAUAAAAAAAGCGCGGGAGGCAUCCUUCGAUUCCUUCCUAACCAGAAAAAACCCUAACAAGUUUAUUGUGGAAGUAGAAUGGGUUGGUCACACCCAGAGAUUCCUCUCGAAGAUUUACUAAAACUGAUUAAAGGGUUUAUAGAUAUAAUGAUUUUAGGUUCUGGUUAUCAAUCAUCUGGUUCUAUUGCUACUUGGGAUUCUCAUAACAUCCAGAAAUGUAUACAAUGGGGUAUUUUCUAUGAAAAUGUAUUUAAGGGGUUAGAAAGUGCAGAUGAUUAUACAGGCUCAGUAAGGGAACUUGAUGCAGCUCUACUCGAAAUGACAUCUAAUUCUUAUUUCCCCCAGGGAAUUAGACAUCUAUCAUCUGCAACUCUAAUGAAAGGGAGAGACUUAAUAAUGAGACAUCUAAUUCAGACGUUGCCCCUAAGAGAUGUACAUUUUACUGCUUUACUGACGGCAACUGUUGAAUUGGAACUUGAUAACCUUAAAAGAGCGGAAUAUGAUUUUCUUAGUGUUUACUUUGAGAAGUUGUUGCUGCACAGUACAUAUUGUAAUACUCGAGCACCUCAGUCUGUUUCAAAUGUUAAGGUGCAGGGCAAUUGCAUCAAUGAUCCUUCGGAAUUUGUAAUUCAAGAGAUCUUAGAGAGGGAAAUUUCAGUGUCUCGUGUACUGUCAGUUGAAACUGGGUUGACUAUUCUUUCAAAGAGUCUAACAUGUGGAGAAUUGGUCGGGAAGGAGAGCAGUCUAUUGGAAAUGCAAUCACAGGAUGGCACUUUUCUUGUGAGCAAAGAGCAGUUGGCUGAAUUUGAGUUAUGGAAUAAGUGGAGAUCAAGGGGCCUUUCCUAUCUGCUUGACGAAAGGACUAUUAAAUUGGUGUCAGGUGCUAAGUUAAUAUUUUCAUCCCCUGAAGUUCAAUGGAUUCAGGUGUUUGAACGAUUGAACACUUCCAAUGGUGAUGAAUUGCUUGAAAUAAUAGAGCUCUGUUUGUUAGGUUACAUUUCCAGCAGCUGGAAUCCUCUAAUCGAACACGUCAUGUCAGUUUCUUAUGACAUUUGUUCCAAAUCAAUAAACUACCAUGAAAUGUUCAACCUACUGCAAGAGAGAUCUCAAGUUCCUCACUGUAAAGAAGAAACAAGGAAUUCAAAGGAAAAUGACAUUCUUGAAUAUUUGGCGGUGUUAAUGAGGAGUCAAUCUCACGCGUUUUGGAAAUUAUCACCAAUUCUUCCAGCAAUUGCAAUUCCUAUCUGGUCACCCUUAUUCAAAUUGUACUUAACUGGGAUAGGGGCAAUGUUCAAAGGAAAUCUUUACAAAACAAGGUGCUGCAGCUGCACACGAGAGGUGAAGGAGCACGAGGACUGUGACCUUGCUGAAAGGAUUUGGUGUCUUGUCGUUUUCAAUAUCCAUGGUUCACAUCAAAGAGCCAUUACUAGUUGCAAUCUUGACUCAUUAGGGUAAGAAGCCUUUUGAACAACCACGAGGACCGACUGUGAGACACUGGUGGUGUGACUAUUGAUUUUGUGGUAGGCCAGACCUCUUCAAAAGCUACUUCAGGGUUAAGGAACUCGGAUAAAAACAACUCUCGAGUGCUUCAUGAAAGGCGAGGAAGUUUGGAAUGACAGGAGGCUUAUUAGGCAUGGGUAUUGAAGACGCUGGUUGUAGAACAGGAGCUGUCUUUAUGCACUUGGUACGAGACUCCAUCUGGCAAGAAACCCCCAUUGAAUUAGGACAUUAAAGCAGACGUAGCAUUGGCGGUAAUCUUAGAGGUAGAAUACACAGCCAUGAUCCUUGCAUUGAUCAGGACAUUUAAGCUCCAGCUGUUUGGAACAAAGUCAAAGAAUCGUAUAAUUUUUUUUUUGAGAUAAGGUAGAUAUAUAGAAAUAAAACAGAGUCUGCUAAUCAUUUUAUUCUGUCUCGUUUGAGACAGACUCCAAAUGAGCUAUCCUAAUUCUUUUUUGAACAUAAGGUAGAUAUAUAGAAAUAAAACAGAGUCUGCUAUCAUUUUAUUCUGUCUCGUUUGAGACAGACUCCAAAUGAGCCAUCCUAACAAUGGCUGAAUCAGACGGAUUAGCUUCUUCAGGUGACAUUGUUACUUGAAGUACUAGCAUUGUAUGCUUUUACAGAGUCGUAUGUAAUGCUAGGAAUUAAAAAUGAA